AUGGCAGCGCACAGAAAAGCGGUCGCCGUGCUCCUUCUGCAGGCGUUCGGGAACACGGCAGCCGCGCGGGAACCCGAGGCACGAAGGAAGGCCGCGUGGAGAUGCCAGGCCAUGUUCGCGCUCAGCACGCGCCUCGUGCUGCAGGGCCCUGAUGCCUUCCAGCAGCAGGUGGGGCGGCAGGUGCUUGAAGCCUAUGGGCGCCACCACCGCACCGAGUUCGAGGCCUUCUUCGACCGCACGCUCGUGCUGGGCCUGCUGCAACACGGCUAUGGGCAGCUCAGUGCGCGUGACCCCGCCAUCCUGGACUACAUCCAGGCCGGGCUGCGCCUCAUCAUGAGCUGCCCCUCGGUGCUGGAGCUCUUUGAGGUGCUGCAGGUGGAGGCGCUGCGGCUGGGGGGCGGGGGGCCUGCAACCCCGCCCUUCGCCCGUCGCUGCCAGCAGCUCGUGCGCAGCAUGGCCCACUUCCAGAGCCAGGGUAGCCGCGAAGCCGAGCUGCGCCUCUACGUCUCGCAGGUGACCCAGGUGGGCGUGCUGCUGCGCAGCGUCUGGAAGGCCAAGCCCGAUACGCUGCUGCCCUCCCUGCAGGAGCUCUUCGCUGUCAUCUCUGCUGCCGAUACUUCAUUUGAACCUUCCGUUGCACUGGCAAGUCUUGUACAGCAUAUACCAUUACAGAUGAUUACAGUACUCAUCAGGAGCCUUACUACAGAUCCAAAUGUGAAAGAUGCGAGUAUGACUCAAGCUCUGUGCAGGAUGAUUGACUGGUUGUCCUGGCCUCUGGCUCAGCAUGUGGAAACAUGGGUGAUUGCACUGCUGAAAGGACUAGCUGCAGUCCAGAAAUUUACCAUCCUCAUUGAUGUCACCCUGCUCAAGAUUGAAUUGGUCUUUAAUCGACUUUGGUUUCCUCUAGUGAGACCUGGUGCCCUUGCUGUCCUUUCCCACAUGUUACUUAGUUUCCAGCAUUCUCCAGAGGCUUUUCAUUUGAUUGUCCCACAUGUGGUCAGUUUGGUGCACUCCUUCAAAAGAGAUGGCCUGCCUUCCAGCACAGCUUUUUUGAUGCAGUUAUCUGAGUUGCUACACUGUAUGAUGUAUCAUUAUUCAGGAUUUCCAGAGCUCUAUGAACCAAUUCUGGAUGCUAUUAAGGAACUGCCCAAACCCAGUGAAGAGAAGAUUAAGUUGAUUCUCAGUCAAAGUGCCUGGACUUCUCAAUCCAGUUCUUUGCCAUCUUGUUUAUCUAGACUUUCUGGAAAAUCUGAAACUGGGAAGACUGGCCUAAUUAAUCUAGGAAAUACUUGUUACAUGAACAGUGUUAUUCAGGCACUCUUCAUGGCUACAGAUUUCAGAAGACACGUUUUAUCUCUAAAUCUGAAUGGAUGCAAUUCACUAAUGAGAAAAUUACAGCAUCUUUUUGCGUUUUUGGCACAUACCCAGAGGGAGGCAUAUGCGCCUAGAAUUUUCUUUGAGGCUUCCAGACCACCGUGGUUUACUCCGCGAUCUCAGCAGGAUUGCUCAGAAUAUCUCCGGUUCCUGCUAGACAGGUUGCACGAGGAAGAGAGAACCUUGAGAGCUCUGUCGUCAGCAAAGGCUGCUGAAAGUCUGAUGAGUGAAGAGUCCCAGGCACAAGAAACUGUCCAUAAAGCCCAGCUGUUUGCUGAAGCACCUUAUGCUGGAAGUGAAGAGAGAACGUUGAUAGAGAGAAUGUUUGGAGGAAAACUCAAAACUAGUAUAUGCUGCUUAAACUGCAAAAGCACUUCUCAAAAGGAAGAAGCUUUCACAGAUCUCUCUCUAGCUUUCUGUCCUCCUGCUUCCUUGGAGAAUCUUGGCCCCAAAUGCAUGGAACAUUCUGAAGUGAAGGAUGAUUAUGUGGUGCAAAGUAGUAGCUUAGCAUCCAGUGGUGUUGAAGAAGCAACUUUCAGUAACUUGGAAGUAAAUGGUGGAUGUGACAAAAUUAUGAAUGAAGGAACCAUAAAAAAUUUUUCUACUGAGCCCAACUCUGGGGAUACUGCAAAUUCUGAGCUCAACGACAUUCAAGACAAUAAGGAUAUAUCCCAGAGGCUAGUAGGUAAAAAUACUCCAUCAGUCACAGACUUACUGAAUUACUUCCUGGCACCUGAGAUCCUCAGCGGAGAUAACAAAUAUUAUUGUGAGAAGUGUGCCUCUCUACAGAAUGCUGAGAAAACUAUGCAAAUCAUUGAGGAACCAGAAUACCUCAUUCUCACCCUUUUGAGAUUUUCAUAUGAUCCAAAGUGUCAUAUAAGGCGCAAAAUCUUGGACAAUGUGUCUCUGCCACUUGUUUUAGAACUGCCAGUCAAAAGGGCAACAUCUUCUCUAGCUGUAGUUUCAGGAGGUUGGUCAGUCAAUGUUGAGAUUUCUGAUUUUGGAGAAAAUCUUGCUAAAAAACUGAAGCCCUCAGGUGCUGAUGAAGUGACCUGCCCACAGCUGGUGCCCUACAUGUUAAGCUCUGUGGUAGUGCACUCUGGUGUCUCCUCUGAAAGUGGACAUUACUACUCUUAUGCUAGAAAUGUGACUGGUUCAGGGCCUUCAGGACUGUGCCAGCAGUCCAAAGCUCUGCCUUUAGUUUCUCCCCAGGAUACAUUGAUGGCAGAAGAGAGUCCUUCUACUGUUGUAGAAAACGAUCUAGACGCUGAAAUGCCAAAAGAAUGGUUUCUGUUCAAUGACAGCAGAGUGACAUUUACCUCAUUUCAGUCGGUCCAGAAAAUUACGAGUAGAUUUCCAAAGGAUACUGCUUAUGUUCUGUUUUACAAAAAGCAAAAUAACACCUGUGGCUUCAGCACCAAUUCAAUGAAUGGACUCUGGGUAAAUGGAGACCCUCCCCUACAAAAAGAUCUCAUGGAUGCAAUUACAAAAGAUAACAAGCUAUAUUUGCAGGAGCAAGAGCUGAGCGCUCGGACGCAGGCGCUUCAGGCCGCCUCGGCGUCCUGCUCCUUCCGACCCAACGGCUUCGACGACAACGACCCGCCGGGCAGCUGCGGCCCUGCAGGCGGCGGCGGCGGCGGCAGCGGCUUCAGCACCGUCGGCAGGUUGGUCUUUUGACGCUGAAGACGCCCUGGAAUACACUGGUUCCCAAGCAGCUUGCUGCUGCAGAGGACAAUUAAAAUCUUGAACUUUGUCAAAUAUUGUACCAUGUUUUGAGACUUGAUCCUUGUUCUAUAAGAAAUGUUGGGCUUUGGGGAUCUUUUGUUUUGUUUUAUUUGAAAUAAAUAAGCGCAUCAUGGAGA